AUGUCUCUGAUCGCGGUUCAUAACCACGUCGCACUCUUUCACAUCAACAUUGCGCCGAGUACCUUCAUCGCAUCAUUCACUCUAUCGCUGUUCUUCUUCUUCGCCUACCUGGUUAUAUCGGGUUUCGCCCCUGCCGUGCGCUUCCCAAGUAUAAACCCGCUUCCCCGCCUAUUCCGUCGAGCCGUAACCACGGCCGUACCCGAGCCCGUCACCUCACCGGCUCUGGAGUGGAAGCAACAGAAAGCGCUGCCGGCGGUACCACAGCAGGACAGGCCGACUCUCCAGCUAACAGACUACGAGCACAACUCGCCCGCGGCGUCGCCAGGUCGCAGCAGUCUGCGGUCCUUCUUCUCAUCCAGCCGUCGCGCCAGCACGAGCUCGAAUCCGACGACCAAGGGGAGGAAGAGAAUGACGGCCUACAAACACGAUCCUCACCAGCUGGACGCCUCGCUCGACGACUUCCGCGCGCCACUGACGCCGCCGCCGACGCUGCCGCCGUCCUUCGUCCGCUACCCGUCGGCGCGCUCGGGGUUCGCGCAGUCGUCCAGCCUCUUUCACAGCACCGAGGACGAGGACGAGGCGGCGAUGCGCGAGGCCAUGGACGAGAACGCCAGCGAUCUGUCUUCUCUCUCCGGCGGUGGCUACAGCCCGCCGGCCUGGCGCCGUCUCGAAAACGGUAAUCGCAGCUCGGGCUUCUGGCGCCCGUCCGACAAUCUGCUGGGUCUAGGCACCCACGGGCGGAGGAGGGAAGAGAGCCCGCCGAUGGACGACUAUUUCGAAGACAGGUAUCGCAGCGGUGUAAGUGGUGGCGAUGAGGAUGCUUUAGAGCAAGCCAUUAGGACGCGGCUGCCCACGGGAUCAUUAAAUAUCAGAUUUGCCGUGCGCGCGGACAUACAGCAACGGACGGAGCCGAUUGAGACUGCCAUCAAGUUUGUGCGGUCAAAGAUGCAUUCCAUUACCAAAUCAUGGGCGAACAUCAUUGUAGCAACAUUAGUCGCACUGCUCUCAAUAACGACAGUUCGCUCUCUCUUUCAGCCGGCCUCACAACGGCCAGUCCCGGAUCUUGUCAAGGUGGCAGGAAUCGCCCGCUCUUUCGAGCCUCUCAUCUACUACUCGGAAAAUGGCGUCUCUCAAGUUGGCGACCUCCAAGCAACAGGCGUCGCAGUCUGGGACCUCGGCGAGAGUGUGCGCAGCAGCAACAUGACAUCGGCGCCAAUCAUUGUGAAAUCACUUGAUGAGCUGUCGGAUUCCCUGAAGACUCUCGCAGUCGAGCUCACCCGUUUCUUCGCUAACGUUGACGGCGACAUUGACGGGAUCCUGAUCGUCAUGGACUGGGCACGCCGCGAGUUGACCCAGCUACAGGGUAUGCCGAGCCCUCCGCUGGCAACGGCCUGGGCAAAUAUCCACAACGUGCUGUGCGACGCGGGCGUACUGGAGAACCCGGCCACGGGCACGCCAACCCGGCUAGGGGCCAUUGCGACCAGCGUCUUCGGCAUGAGCCAGCCGCAGCGCACGCGCAGCACGCUGCAGAGGACGUUCAGCGAGUUCCUGAGUGUGCUCGAGGAUGCCAUCAACAACGAGCUGCAGCACAGUCUGGCGCUGUUCGGGCUGUUCGAGGCCAUCGACCGGCAGUUCCUCAACCUGGCGCGGGUGGUGGUGCGCGAGUCGAGCCUGCAGGAGGACCGGCACGCCGACGACCUGUCGAGCUUGUGGACGCGGAUCCUGGGGCCCAAGGCGUCCGAGGUCAAGAAGUACGAGCGCAACCGGCAGCUGCUGCAGAACGUGCGCGAGAAGACCGUCAUGAAUAAGGGCAUCCUGGUCGAGCACAACGGCAAGCUGCUGACGCUCAAGGCCAACCUCGAGAGCCUGCGCCGCAAGCUCGUCUCGCCCCUCGUCCGCAGCGUCAACAGCAGCACCCUCAGUCUCGAGGGCCAGAUCAAGGGCCUCGAGGACGUCGGCGUCUACCUCGAGGGCGUCCGCACCCGCCAGAAGGGCAAGCUGAUGGAGAUGCUGUACGGCAGCGGCAGCGCCCGGCCAUCCGUCGCGGGAGGCGCAGGCGGUGGCUCGCGCAUGAUUGAGGAGAACCGUUGGGGCAGUGGCUCGUAA